UCACGCUCCGGGGCUUUGAAGCGGCGCGGCCGAACUUGGAUCUCUGCCCCCUCCGCCCGAGCCGCGGCGGCGUCCGGGCUGAACUCGCCGGCGCCUUCCCCGCACACCGCGGGCAGCCGGGGCUCCGCCGCCCUCGCCCGCCGUCCCGCCGGGGCUGCCCGCGGAGGGGGCCGCACCCUGCGCCCCCCCGGCCGCCUCCCCGCCGCGGGACCUUGGCUUUGCCCUUCGCACGGCAGGUGGCGGGGCCAGCGGAGAAGGAUGCGCGUCUUCCCGUGGGGAUUUUGGCUGCUGUGUGUCGCCUCCGCCCCGGCUCGCGGUGACAGCGGCAGCAAGGCGAGGAGCUGCUCCGAGGUCCGGCAGCUGUAUGGGGCCAAGGGCUUCAGCCUCAGCGGCGUGCCCCAGGCCGAGAUCUCCGGGGAGCACCUGCGAAUCUGCCCACAAGGCUAUACCUGCUGCACCAGUGAGAUGGAGGAGAACUUUGCAAACAAAAGCCGGAGUGAAUUUGAAGCCAUGAUGAAAGAGGCUGGUCGCUCUGUGCAGGCAACACUCACAGCACAGCACAGGAGCUUUGACAGUUAUUUCCAGGAUUUGUUGAACAAGUCAGAAAAGGCCCUUUAUGAUGCUUUUCCAAGCAUGUAUGGAGAAUUGUACACUCAAAAUAUGAAGGUCUUCAAGGACUUGUACAGCGAGCUGCGCCGCUAUUACCGGAGCUCCAACAUCAACUUGGAAGAGGCCCUCAAUGAGUUCUGGACACGCUUGCUGGAGCGGCUCUUCAAGCUGAUGAAUCCCCAGUACCACAUCACAGACGAGUACCUGGACUGCAUGGUGAAACACGCAGAGCAGCACAAACCCUUUGGGGAAGUUCCCAGGGACCUGAAGGUGAAGGCAACCCGAGCCUUCAUCGCAGCACGUUCCUACGCACAGGGCUUUCUGGUGGGCAGUGACGUGGUCAAAAAGGUGUCUCAGGUAUCCCUGAGCCACGAGUGCACCCGUGCCAUCAUGAAGCUGAUGUACUGCCCGCACUGCCGGGGCAUGUCCAGCGUGAGGCCCUGCAACAACUACUGCCUGAACGUCGUCAAGGGCUGCCUGGCCAACCAGGCAGACCUGAGCACCGAGUGGAAGUACCUGAUGGAUUCCCUGAUGGUGGUGGCUGAUCGGAUCGACGGGCCCUACAAUGUGGACACUGUAAUAGGGACCAUUCACAUGAGGAUUGCUGAAGCUAUUUCCAACUUGCAAGAAAACAAAGAUUCCAUCACAGCCAAGGUAUUUCAGGGCUGUGGAAAUCCCAAAAUCAGCACAAAAGGCUCCAGCAGUGAGGACAAGAAAAGACGGGGGAAAGUCACGUUGGAGGCCAAAUCCUCUGCACAAGCGCUGGAGAUGCUGGUUUUAGAUGCCAAAGGGAAUCUGACAGCUCUCAAGACGUACUGGAUCACCCUGCCCAGCAGCCUGUGCAGCAAAAAAGUAAUGGCCAGCUCAGUGUCGGAUGACAAGUGUUGGAACGGGAUGACCAAGGGCAGUUACCUGCCUGAGGUGAUGGGGGACGGCCUAGCUAACCAGAUCAACAACCCGGAGGUGGAGGUGGACAUCACCAAGCCAGACAUGACCAUUCGCCAGCAAAUCAUGCAGCUGAAGAUCAUGACAAACCGGCUGGGCAACGCCAACAUCGGCAACGACGUGGAUUUCCAAGACACGAGUGACGACAUGAGCGGCUCCGGGAGCGGGGACAGCUGUCCUGACGACGUCUGCGGCAAAAGACUUUCUAAGAGCCCCAGCACCAGGCAGCCAGAAACACACGCUAUUCCUAAGCAGUCUGGACACGGCGUCCGUGGGGCCAGCAGCAGAUCUUUGCCUUCUGCCUCCCUCCUCCUCCUCCUCUCGGUGGCUGUCAUCGCCCCGCAGCACUUGUGGCGGUAACUCACUGGCACGGCCAGGAAACAGACUGCGGCUGAGGGCUUCACUUUGCCAAAACCAACCAACCAACCAACAACCAAAGGACAUAUUUAAUUCACCUUGGCAAAAAGAAAAAAAAAAAAAAAAAAACACAACAGGAAAACGAAAAGAGGGAGGAGAAAAAGGUUUCAAAAGGUUUCAGUUGUUUGCUAUUUCUGGCAGUGCUCGAGCUGUUUUCUUCUUUCUCGGUCUUUCCCCAGUGCUGGGCCCUUCUUUCUGUACCUCAUUGUUUUACUUUUGUUAUUGCCACAAACUGGCUCUUGGGGCUGACACGAGCCUUUGCAGAGAGGGCUCUGGGGGAACUUGGCUGGCCCCUACGAGGGCAGCUCUCCUGCUGCCUCCAGUGGAAUAUGCAAUUGCCCUGACCUUGUUCCCCGGCAGUGGCCGGAGCGGUGCCGCCGACAGCGCGAGGGUGCCACGGGCAAAGCCGGCUCCUCCCGCAGAGAGACUGGGAUCCUCAGCGCCGCUCACGUGCUGCAUUCAGGGCUCUUUCGGGUUCUUUGUGCUUCCUAAGUGGGCAGAGAUGGCCCUUCACGUCCAGCAGCGUACGUAGGAGCACAGGCAGGUCUGGUGGGUUGAACUGACACAGUUUGUCAGUGGCUGUUGGACCCAAAAAUGCAGAACUCCCUUUUUCUUUGGAAAGGUCACAAGUGGGUUUCUUGACUAGAGCUCGUAGCUGGCAACAAUUUGAAAUGUAGGUCUCCUACAUCUAAGUGACUGGGAAUGAGUGUUAGGGGUUGGGGUUUGGGAUACUUUUUCUUUGCAUGCUAGUUGGAAAGCCAUUUUUUACCCAAGUAGCAAUGGUCCAAUUUCUACCUGCAGUGCAGUACGGUCGUAGGUAACAGACAGAUGAAAAUAUGCACAGUGGGAUUCUCCGAGUGACAGACAGUUGUGCUGCCUCCUCCUUCUCUGGCUCCAGCCAUGAACAGGAAUCCAUUUGUUUUUUUCUUGGUAAUAAGAAAGACCAGGGGCUUUUUACUAACUGGAGCUUUGGGACUGGUUGUGUCCCCCAGGCAGCUGCCUUAGGGCAGAGAGGGGCUGGUGAUGAUCAGCAGUGGACAGUGUCCCUACCCAGGGGGCUGGCUCAAAGCAGCACCUACUAGAGGGGAUGUGAGGAUGGGAUACAUUUUGUUUGUUUUCCUUUGGUGGUGUUUGUUCCAGUUGCAUUGUAGGUUUUUAAUGAAUUUCCCUGUUGCUUCCCCAUUAUCCAACACACCUUCUCUAACCACUGCAGGGAUGGGCUGAGACAGUGGGUCAGGCACCCACGGGCAGCUCUGUUUUGGCUCAGGGUAGGGCCAAACUCAUGCCUUGCUGCCCCGUCCCAGCACACACCAGCCUCUGGGUCACACAGGCCUCUGGGUCACACAGGCUGCUCCCUAACCCCAAAAUGCCUGGUGGGGUGGGCUCUGUGCCAGGUUUGGAGAUUGGGGGUGGUGGGUGAACGAUAUAAAUGUCCCCACAUAGCUGUAGGAGUGUCUGUGCUUGUAGGGCUGUGCUCUGGGGCUUCCAGAGGCUUCUGUGCCUGACAGGAGCAGCCAGUGUUGGCUGGAGGCGUAGGUUUAGCAGAUCCAACACAGUCUCUGUGACUGUUGGGCCAAGAGCGCACCCAGGGGUUGGGUUUGAGUUUCAGUUGUGUUUGUACUGAGACAAGGGGGAGGGCAGAGCUGGGUCUGUCUCCUGCUUUACUGCUCUGCACCACAUUUGAGCAUUACUCCUCAGUCCUGCCAGAGGAGACAUGCCUUUGGGCUGAGCAAACAUGAUGGGGUUUGGGUUUGGCCAUUUCCUAAGAAGAGGGAAAAAACCCAUUUUUAACAUCAGGAGUUUCUAGAAUGUGCAAUUUGAGAUGAGAACAUGAGGAAGGUAAUGCCAAAAAGCUCAUCGCCUGCCCUCCCUGGGGCCCAGUGAUGGCACUGAGGGUGCCUCAAACUCGGCAGAGAUUUUAGGCCAGCUUUGACUGGCUGUUCCAAGUCUGUGACUGGUGUCACUGACUGGGCAUCCUUUCUGCCUUGUCCUCACCUUCUUGUAAGGUAAAAUCUUGCCUGAUCUUGUAGGGUGUUUGAAAUGACUGCCAGUGACAUUGGCUGAAGGACAGACGAUGCCACUAGACCCAUCAGAACCCUGGAGAGGAUAAAUGCAAGUUGUGGAUUUGUACAGGUUUAUUUACUUCUAGACAUAUGACAAGUUCACAUGAAUUUACUGCUCUGAAGAGUUCCUAACUUCUUUUUGAAUUUUUUUUUUUAACUAGAAUUUCUGAUACAAAUUUAACCUUCAGUUACAGAAAUCCCCACAACCAGUCCUGCAGAAAUUUUACAUCCAAAGCAAAAUUAAGAGGAGGGAGAGGACAUUCAAACCAUUGUACCCUCUUCAAAAUAUGGUUCAGCUGGAGUUUUAACAUGUGGAUGCUGAGGUCAGUGUUUUGCUUUGCAGAAUGAGACCUGAAAGGAAAGUCCCCGUCACUUCCAUUUCUGUGCAGUUAGUGUUUACUAUCCGCCUUUUUACUCUUAGAAGCAUCUUAGGGCCCCUUCACACCUUAAAUGUAAAGCCAAGAAUUUACUGAUUGUCCACUUAGUCUUUUAACAAUUUAAUAGCCCAAACUAAUGGUUCUGUUACAAGAGUAGAACCUGAUAGUCCAAAUUAAUAAGGCAAAACCUCAAAGAAGCUGUAAAACCAGUUCCGCAGGAGAAACCCUUCCUGAUGUCUUCCCCCCAAGGCUGGGUUGAGCUCCCACUUCACGUCCCUCCAGGCCCUGAGGGUGGCCCCUUCUAUCGUCUGGGAGCCGAGCUGGGAUGAGACCAGCAGGCAGGCGAGGGCAGUGCCGGGGGCUCAGCCCCUCUUUGCCAGGAGGGACAUGACGGUGGUGGUGACACUUCCUCCCAUCUGGGCCCUGGGCCUCCUUGGAUUUAUUUUUCUACCUUUUCACACAGUCAGUCAGUGCUCCUGCUUUUUGUUGGCUCCUGGUUAUUCAGUUUUUCUUUUCUCUUUGUUGCCCUGAAGUGGUUUCCCCGAGCUGCUGCCAUUAAGCAACCAGGGGCUGCACUUGACCAUGGCAUCUUCCCCAGGGAGCCAGAACAGCACAGUCCCCCCAGGGCAUCAACUCAAUAUCACCUAAACUAAAGCAAAGCUAAACAAACCAUAGUUACUGAUGACUAAACAACCACUGGUGUGGCUCAACAAGCUGAAAUCAGCCCAGGUCCAGACAAGGCCCAAACCUGUGCUCGGGCUGGCACAGAGCCUGGGGCCUUUCAGUGCUUAUAAAUGACAUUUCUUCGUCUACCACCUGCUUAAAAAUGCUGUGAGACAGCUCCCCAGCCCCUGGCUGGUGGCUGCUUGGGUUGGCUAGAUGAGAGGAGCCCUGGGGAACUGGUCUGUCUGUGGAGAAACAUCUGCUUCGACAUUAUCGAGAUAGAGAUUUGUGGUGUUCUGGUGUGAAAAGGCCUCUUGCUUGACAGGGGUAGCGCUCUAGGAAAAAAUAUUAACAAAAACAACGUCCCUGGGAAGGGGAGAACCAGAAAUAGUGGAUUUCCAAGUGUCCCUGUCUUUCAGCCUGCUCUUUGUGCCAUAACAUGUAUGUUUUAACCAAGGGCAAGGGUCUCAAAAGGCUUUGAGAGCACAGCUACUUCUCAUUUACAAAUGACAAGCUGCCUGUUGUUUUCUGGUGGGCUUGGUAGGGGCUAAGGUAUAGCAGAAUAUCUGAAGUCCAUCUUUGCUUUAAACAGAUGCAUUUCUACCUGCAGAAGUAAGAAUUAUUUCACUUAUCAGCAUAGCUGGACAAUUAUCUAUUUCUUUCUGUUACCAAGGUACUUGUAACUCUCUUGCACUGUUUAUCUAAAGUUGAAAUAUGUUCUUUGAAUCCUUGUAUAAAUAAAAAGGCUGGAGACAAACCUAGGUAACAGGGCAGUUAUUUCUUCUCCAUUUAAUCUGAGUUUGGCAUUUUCUUUCUUGUUUUCCUUGUUAAGGCACAGAUAAAGGGCAGGUCAGGAGUCCUGAGGAAUGAAAUGGUGUUUCAGCCACAAGUUUCUAAUGGGCUGAUGCCAGUGUUGGCAGUAGGGGUUUGCCUGGAUCCAACUCUGUAUCUUCCAAGGAGCAGCUGCUGGGUUGGAUAUAUGGAUGUGUGUUUGUGGAAAGAAGGUGAGCCUGGCUUGAGUCAUCAAAGCAAGGAUGCUAAGUGUUCUCUUUCUCGUGUAGAAGCACAGAAUGACAUGGUAUAACAGCAUAAGGAAUCAGAAAUGCCCUUGUUAUUGAUCAUUACGAAGUGUUGUGGUAAUUACAGCCAUGGCCUUACACCAGUGCAGCUGCUGGCAGGGCUCACAGCAAGAGAGGCAGUGUUGUGAAUGUUUGAUCUCGAGCACGUGCUUGAUGCUGAACUGGUGCAGCAGAAAGGUUUGUGCUUCAGCUCUGUCCUUUCAGAAGUGGGUGAAUACAGCUGUCAAGGUAACGCAUCGGAAGCUGCUCGUGAAGUGUCUAAGAAAGACUUGAUAACUGGAAACUACUAGAACUGUAUCUUUCUGCCUGGAAGCAAAUACCACCUAAAUUUAAUAAACUGAGUGACACCCUUGA